UUUGCUCCAUCUAUAAGAGAUGGUCAUCCAUUGUCACAUGAUUUCUGAUCAUAUGUUUGAAAAGUGGUAGAAGUAGGUGUGUGUAGUGUAUUAAUUGUAUAACAUAUCGAUUUGAAAAUGUUAAUACCAAUUUUAUGUAUAAUUUUAUUAAUAAAUACUGUUCAUGGAAAUGGCCAGUUUACAGUAAUAAAUUCGCCAAGCGGUAUAUUAUUUAAAGGCAAUGAACGUCUCCCCGAACAAGAUUUCCUAGAAGUAUAUUCAGCAGCCUUCGGAUUUUCAAUAGAACGAGGUACAUCGUGGAAUGGAUUUUACAUAACAAACCCUUUUAAACUAGCACAUGUCAUAGUUGAACUAAAUGUUGACGGUGUGCCCAGUUUAGAUUCUAAUAUCGGUCAUCAGUUUCCUUUAAAAACCAAUGCAGAUAAUGACGAUUUGUUUUAUUUGUUAUCACAACGAAUUCAAAGUAGGUAUCCCAAUGGCAAAAACAAAGUGUUUAAUAUAAAUUUAUCCGAGGGGCUAUCAGCAGUGCAGGAUAUUGAUUUUCUCAGUGGCAUAAAAGAAAUAGCGGAACCUGAAACUAAUUAUUUGCAUUUGAAGCCUUCCGUCAAAGAAGAUCAAGCGUAUCUACGUGAAAUUUAUCUCCUGAAUGCUAUUUCAAAAGAGAUCGCAAGUGGAGCACUUACUUCUAAUGAUAAACCUGAUUACUUUAACAUCAAGUGUUUUGGUUUACAUACCAUUUCUGAUUUAUAUGGUGAAAAUGCGGCAGCCACAAAAGAAGGUAAGCAACUCUUGAUCGAUGCAGCUAAUCGUUUGAAUGACGCCCUUAAAAAAGUCUAUAAGGAGAGAAUUUUGUUUACUGUUGUUACAAGUGAUGCAAGUCACACAAGACGCGCUCGUGAAGUUCCACCAGCGGAAUCAAAGGCAGAAAAUGAUAAGGAUGAAUAUAACAGAGCAAAAACAUACAACGCAAAUUAUCCUGUUAUGUUUAACAUUAUAUUAUGGUUUGGAGUUGUAAUGGUAUUCACUUUAAUAGCAAUAUCAAUGGCUAUUGGCGACAUGGAUCCAGGUCGUGAUUCCAUUAUUUAUCGUAUGACUAGCACAAGAAUGAAGAAGGACAACUAAGCUGUUUUCUUAUUUGUAGUAAUUUGUAUAUAAUUUGUUGAAUUUUUGUUUAGGUGAUUUAUUGAAUUUGUUUUCACAGAGUAUAUCUUUCAUGUGGGCAAUUUCAAUAUUGAUCAUUACAUUCCUCAAAUGUAGAUUAUAUGAAAACCCCAUUUUACGUGUGUGUAUACUGUAGUAAUGUAGUGAAUUUGGAACCACCAUUGGGAUUAAACUCUCCUCUCAUUCUUCAUAUUAUAAUUGUUUCCCAUAUUUGUAUUUAUGUGCUGGUGUAUCACAUGUGGCAGUAUUAUUUACUUCUAAAUCUAAAAGUGCAAAUAUGGCUAUGACCUAGUAGGUUACCACUUCAUUAGCAGAUAGUACAUGAAGGAACAAUCACUAAAACUUUAAUUAGAUUAAUGGAAUAGUUUGUAAACGAUACUUACUUGCUAUGACAUGGUAUUGUAUGUUGUACCAUGAAACUUGUUAGGGUUAAUUUAUGUUACAUUGUGAUAAAUUGUAAGAUCAGUUCUGAAGUUAUUAGUUGUAAAUCAAUUUUAUUGUAUUCAUUUGUUGCUGGUAGAACAUGAAAGAUUAAAUUGA